AUGACCGAGCGUAUGUGGACAUAUGAUCUCAGCUUCCCGGAGCACAGUGGCGGUUGGCAAUCGCUGCUGAUCCAAAGAAGUGCGGAAGUCGUUUCUGAAUGGCUGGAGGGGCCCUACUUUGAGGAUGAGCCUGGUGCAACUCUGCCGCCCAACGGGAAAUGCUGGUUUCAGAGCGGGAACCAGCGGCCCAAAAACCUCAGCGCGCUCGAAUCAAUCAUCUGUUUCCUCGAGGCAGACUCGUUGCUAACGCUGCGAUGCCUCGAAUUCGGCUUUUGGCUCAAGGAGAAGGACGCGGCCAGUGCCGAGCGCCUUCUCACGACGCUGAUUUCCGAGUGGAGGACCGGUAGCCGAAGAAUCGUCUUCGGUAAAUGCGUUGCCGAGUCGAGCUAUAUUCCGGAAUUCAUGCGUGACGCAAUAGAUGGUGUCAUCACUGAAGGGGACAGGAAACUGCAGAUCAAGAUCUCUGGAGGCUGCGUCUAUCAAUUUCGGGAAAUUUCUUGCAGACGUAUUGCAGUUAUUGAGAGCGAG